AUGGAUGAUUCGCUGCUUAGCCCACAUUGUCAGCUUACGCCAAGAAAGUAUCCACACUUUCCUAGGCUACAAGAUUCAAUUAGGACCAGCAAAGACCUCAACUUCAUCCUCGCCCAGAAGCAGCACGUCCUCGAGCCCAUCGAGACCCAGAGCCAAAUCGUCAAGGAACUUUGCCCGGGCACGCCCGUGGCUGACGGUGACAACCGCUGCUGGGCCAAGACCAAGCCUACGGGGUCUGCCGCCACAUCCCGUCGUGACGUACCGCGCCUCACAGGCGAUUUCGGUAGCGAGAAAUGA